AUGAAAAUUCCUUCGGAGAAACUUAAACCUUUCACCACAGAAAUUGCUCCAGAAUGUUCCAAAUUGAUCUCCAGUUUAAAAAAUGCCGGCGAUUUUACAAUAUUCGUUAAAGGCCUUGACAAUAUUACUGAAUGGUGCAGUGUUUUUGGAAAGGACGAAGAGGAAAUUAUGUCAGUUGACAAAAAUGAGUCGCAAGAAGCGCAGAUUAUUUCAGUUUUACGUUUUACUUCACUUUUGUUUGAAAACACUUUUGGACGUUCCAUUUAUUGCUCAAUGGAUCGAUUAAUUAAACUCCUUGAUUCGCGCAAAAUUUGGAUUGUUGUGGCAACUCUGCGUCUUUUAAUGGUUGUUAGCAAGUGUUCUCGUUUUAUUACUCAACAUUUGAAUAGCGAUGUGCGACUUGAGCUUUACAGUAAACUUAUGGCUAUUUUAGAGAUUUGGGCAGGCAAAUUGCGACUUACACCUUUUGCUGAAUUUUGUUCUGCUGACUUUUCUUACUCUCAUGGCUUCAGUAUUCAACCAAUUCCUGAGAUGGAUGAAUUUGUAUCUUUUAAUGUUUCUUUAAAUGAGCUGAAAAAAUAUAUUUCUGAAUCGACGGCAGAACUCAAAGAUUCUGAAAAACAAUUUGCGUUUACAAAGCUGCGUUUUCUUCAUAGUAUCAAAAACCAAAAUGAGCGUUUUUACCAAAUAAUUGCUCGUCUUAUUUCUUCUUCCAUAAUAUGUAAAGUUUUUUUAAAUUUUUUUUCAGUUUAUUUGUUGCUUUUUUCUAUUCUCACUCCUCUCUUUAGUUUUAAUCAUUCUUUAUCAGGGUCGGGGUUUUCGAGUCGGGCCGACAAAGGAGUAGAUGAUCUCAAGCUAUGGGGGAGGACAGGCUAUCCAAAAAGUAUCUAUUUUUCAACAUUUUCAGUUUAUUCUCGUUGUUUAAUUGCCGAUGAUUCUCGUUUAAAUGGACUUUCCAAUGAACAAUUUAUCGAACAGUGCUGCUCUGUUUUACAUUUUGAACCGACAACUAAAUAUCAAGCGUUGGCUGAUACACUCAAAACUGAGGCGUUAAAAACCUUGGCUAGCAUUGUCUUUCUUGAGAAGACUAAAAAAAUUCAAUUUAUUGUUGAUACUCUUGGUUUGAAAACCUAUCACGGAUUUUGUCCGUCACUUCUUCGAAAUUGUAUUGAACGCCUUAAGGCAGGCAAACUUGAGGCGAAUGGUGAUCUUUCUGCCGCGUUUGUUACUUCACUUUUUUCUCUUGUUUAUCAUGUUGCUGGAUUUGAAUAUGGCGGUGAUGCUCUCAAUCGUUCAUCUUUGGUGCCCGUUCUUUUAGGCGUUGUCAAAACCUAUUCACUUCCUGAACAAUAUAUCAGCUAUGUCACUCGGUCUGUUCGUAUAAUUGACAUUUUAACGGGAAUAGACGUUGCCCAAUUUAAUUCCAAUGGUGGAACUGAUGCGAUUAUAAAGAGAUUUUCGGUUUCACGAGGUUGAUCAAUGCAAAACUCAAAUAUCUGAACAAACAACACCAAAUACGACACUUCUUUGCAGUCAACAACGCGCUGCUCUAAUGAAAUCUUUGUUAAAUUUUAUA